AGAACGGUGUUGCACGCGGCGGUGAAUUGUUGCAAGGAGCAGGUCGGGCACCGAGGACGCAGCAGAUAGUGUAGAGUUACAGACAGUUCUGAGGGUACUUCGAUCGAUUGCGAUGGCGCCUCCUACAGGGCGCUCCGUAACAUGCUCGGAGCGGUUCAACUUCGUGGACCCCAUCCUAAAGCGCUGGUUCAGAUGGCUGGGCUCACAAAUCGGCAAACGUCCCGGCUACUUCCUCAUCUUCCCCGUCUUCUUCAGCUUGCUCGCCCUCACCGGCUUCCAGCGUCUUCACACCGAGAGUCGACCCGAGAAACUCUUCGCCCUGAAAUCUGGUCGCGCGCAGCAGGCGCUUAACCUCGUCGGGGAGCUUUUCCCUCUCAACGACACUGCGUUUGACCACACCCGAAGACAUGACCUUAACAACUUAGUGCGUAUACAGAUAUCCGCUCCGGAUGGAGGCACCCUGCUAACCACCGACGCUCUAGCUGAAGUGGUUCAACUUGAUCAACUAGUCCGCAACACCGUCAUUCGCACAGAUGUCGGAGGUGACUGGCGUUACGAGGACGUCUGUGCUUCUUGGGACGGGCACUGCGAGAAGAACGAAGCUCUUCGCCUGGCCAACAUGGCCGCCGAUCUGGAAAGUGGUGCCGUGAAGCUCUCCUACCCGAUUCACCUGGUGGAUAUAUGGAGUGACGAGCCGGCCAUCAUCCUACCCCAGGCUCUUGGAUCGCCGGUGUUGGACAACAGCAGCACGGUGAUUAGAGCCCCGGCCAUCUCUCUCUCCUACUACACGGCCAGAGGACAUGUCUACUACGGCGUCGACGUCUCUCGCCAAUGGGAGAACGAAGUCCUUCAGCGUCUUCUGGAAGUCCAACCAACCCUGAAGCACGUCCACAUCUCCUUCUACCUCUCUCAAACACUUGGCGAAGAACUUGACAACAACGUCUACUCGGUGAUCCCCUACAUGAGCGUCAACUACGUCCUCAUGGGCACCUUCUGCGUACUGGCGUGCCUGAUGAAGGACUGGGUGCGCGGUAAGCCGGUGGUGGUGUUGGCCGGACUUCUUGGGGCCGCCAUGGCCACCGGCACCGCCUUCGGCAUCCUCAUGUACUGCGGUGUGCCCUUCAUCGGCAUCAACAUUGCGGCGCCCUUCCUCAUGCUCGGUAUCGGCGUGGACGACACGUUCGUCGUUCUCUCGGCCUGGUGGCGCACUCGUCUCACCGACUCCGUGCCUCGUCGCAUGGCUGAGGCAUACGAAGAAGCUGCUGUGUCCAUCACCAUCACAUCUCUGACCGAUAUGUUUUCCUUCUGGGUGGGAGUGGCUACGCCGAUUCCCAGCGUGCAGAUCUUCUGCCUCUAUACAGGAAUGUCCGUGGUGUUCACUUACCUCUGGCACAUAUUCUUCUUCGGCGCCUGUCUGGCACUGUCGGGGUACGCCGAGCAGAAGAACCUCCACUCGGUUACCUUCCAGCCGAUCCCGGCGCCUUCGGAAGCAGCCCACCGUUCGCGUCUGUAUCGCCUGUUCUGCACCGGUGGCCGCCCCAGCUCCGAGCCGUGGAGGGAGUCGGACAACAACGAGCACGGAGUCAUGCACUUCUUCAAGUACACCUUUGCCAGGAUCCUCAACAUGCCCAAAGUCAAAGCGCUGGUGAUGGUUCUGUUUGCCACCUACCUGGGUGGAGCCGUCUACGGGUGUCUUCAGGUUCAGGAAGGACUCGAUAAGAGGAGGCUGGCACGCCAGGACUCGUACUCGCAUAAGUUCUUCGUAGACCAGGCGAAAUACUUCCAGGACCUGCCGUACAGGGUGCAGGUCAUUCUGAACGGUACUCUCCCCUACUGGGAACCGGAGAUCCAGGAACAGGUGGAGACGCUGAUGGAGACGUUUGAGAACUCCACCUACGUCAGUGACAGGCUGUACAACGACUGCUGGCUGCGGGAGUGGGUCAACCUGGUGGAAAACAGUCGCGGCAUCCUCAACUUCAACGUGUCCACUCCGGAAGAGUGGAUCAGCAGCCUCAAGAGUGUGUUCCUCUUCAACAGUGACAGACGUUUCAAGCUGGAUGUGGUCUUCGACGAGAGCGGUCAGGAGAUCGUUGCCUCGCGCUUCCUCAUCCAGACACACGAUGUUCGCGGAGUGACCCAAGACAGUGAGAUGAUGGAGGAACUGCGCAGAAUCUGCGACGCAUCGCCACUCAAGUGCGAGGUCUUCGAGCCACACUUCAUCUUCUUCGAUCAGUACACGUACGUCCGGACCAUCACCAUCCAGUCGACUGUCGUUGCCACCAUCAUCAUGUGCAUCAUCUCCCUCAUCUUCAUCCCCAACCCCAUCUGCUCCCUCUGGGUGGCCCUCAGCAUCAUGAGUAUCGAGAUCGGAGUCAUCGGCUACAUGUCUCUCUGGGGAGUCAACCUGGACAGUAUCUCCAUGAUCAACCUCAUCAUGUGCAUCGGUUUCUCGGUGGAUUUCUCGGCUCACAUCAGCUACGCCUACAUGUCAGCACACGGUCUUUCGGCUGACCGUCGCGUCGAAGAAAGCCUCUACUGUCUGGGUCUUCCGAUUCUUCAAGGUGCCGUGUCUACGAUCAUCGGUGUUAGCACGCUUAUUCUGGCUCCUUCGUACAUCUUCGAGGUGUUCUUCAAGACCAUCUUCCUGGUGAUCUUCUUCGGCGUCAUGCACGGUCUGAUCCUGCUGCCUGUGAUGCUGUCCAUCUUCGGACCUGGCUCAGCUCUGUGUGGAAGGAGACCAUCACGGGACGAAGAACAAGCUGAGGACUCUUCAACCACCCCACAACCGCCUGCGUACCUCACCCCUGGACCUCUGGUUCCUAACAAGCCCGACGUCGCUCCAGAGAUAAUGGCUAUCGCGCCAGCGAUCGCUUCAGUAACGUCUGACUCUCAAGGAUCGCCUCCAGGGUCUUCAACUUCCACGCUGACCAAAUCUGGCCAGCCGACACCUUUCGCAUGCGGAGUCACUGAAGCGCAGAAGCUGUCCUUCGCACUAGAUCUCUCCGGAGAUGACACGAGCAGUGUGGGCUCCGCGCCGCAUAUUCCUCGCGCAAGGCUGGUACGACGCCGCUCGAGGUGCGCAUCGGCAACCAAGGACACUUAUAGCAACGCGGGAUAUUGUAGUGAUAGCGAGGGAACCAGUGUGUCGGGUGCGGGUGGCACCGACACCGGAUUCUCCGACGCCGCAGAAGACAAGAGUGGUACAGAGUGACACCACGUCGGGUAACGUCACGUCGAGUAACGUCACUUUAUGCCGCGCCGCGUGAGGUUGGCCGCAUCAUGGAGAUACCAUGAGGCCAAUGGAGCGACAAAGCAAGAACGACAUCCUCUAUUGUCGGUACGUGACCAAAUGUCACCCGCUCGAAUGCAGAAUAGCUCUGCGAAUCGUGAACAGCUUCCAAGCUGAGGGAACCAUGCGAGGGAGGUAAUGACGGAAGAUGUGGUCAUGUCAUCUUGUCGAUUGUAGUGAUAGACAUGAGAUUAUGGUGGAACCAAACGGGUGCCAUGUGGACUGAUAGCCAUAAGAUGGUUAUUAGCAGCGUCUUGUGUGCCAUAUGACCCAUCGAAAACGGGCACCAUGUUGCAUGCCAUCAUAUUUUGUAGGAUAUGUUCAUUGCAAUUCAAUACAAUAGAUUCAAUGUUUCGGAUGAAAUGAGAAAUGCAUUUUGCACUGAAAAGUCAUCCACAUGUUUUGACGUUCGUAACUUCAUUUUUUCCUCAGCUUGUGCCCCUCUAUUUUAUUUUUCUCCAUGUGUGGAAUGUGUCUCGAUGAGCCCAAAUCAAACUGCUGACGCCAUAUGAUACCCGCACCGGGAAAGCCAUGCAUGUUCAUUGUUCACGAUGAUGUCUUUGUAAUAGUACGUGUAGUGUGUCAUCCGCCUUAGACGGAGAUGAAUGGUAUCGUGAAACAGUGCCAUGUCCGCCCUUUGCUGAAACCCUUCAUUUGUGUAUAUGGCCUAUCUUGUUUUAAUAUUUAUGAAUGAACCAAAGCUCGUUUUCCUUUGCUUGUUUUUGCUCAAGACAGUGAUGUCGGUUAGUUAAGUAGGAGGGGUAUGAAGAAUCUCUGAUUGCUCUGUGCUUAAAAUGUAUUCGCUGUGACGGAUUCGAGAUGUGACGGAUUCGUAAUGUGCCUUGAUUUACCACGAUGUUCGUAGACUUGUAGGAUUACGUAGCAGUUCAAUGAUAAAUAAUGCGAAUGAAUUUGUCUGUCGUAAAGAUAAUGAUGGUGCAUUAUGCUUGCAACACUUUUUGGCGACGCAAUUUGAACAAUCAAUAAGUGACUCAUUACCUGUUUUCUGCAUGUUGCGCUAGUUUACAUGAGUUCUGUGAUUGACAGUGUAAUGUCUCACUGUCUCAACAUAUGUUUUUUAUAAAAAUGUUCUCUGGUUCGUAAGAAAUAAUAAACAAACGGCAAAAACA